AUGCCUGGUCGCCAGGCCCACGGGAGGCCCUUGUUGGCAGACCCGAACAAGAAGCGGAAGAGCGGCAAGAAGACUGGCGGUAAUGGCGGCGCUGGUGGCCGUUCAGGUGGAGGCCCGUCUAGCACACGGAGCAGCGGCGGCGCCCCCCGGACACGGCAGGGUGGCCGUGUGGACGUCAUGGCGCUGGCCGAGCAACAGAUCGGCGAGUCCCGUACAAAAGGUGUGCGCGUGCGCGACCUAGAGAUUGAGCGCGACCAGACCAAGCGCCGACGCGAUGACGAUGGAGAUGACGGCGACGACGACGACGACGACGAGGGCGGUGGCGGUGCAGCCAAGCGACGCCGGCCCAACAACAGCCGCAACGACGACGAUGACGGCGGCGCCGACUCGGACGGCUCGUCCAACGACAUUCACAGCGACAGCUCUGGCAAUGAGUGGCGCGAGGGCGUCGGCAGUGACGACGACGAUUCGGAGAUUGACAGCGACGAGGCGUUUGGCGACAGCGACGACGACGAGAUCUUCGAUGCGUUUGCCUUCCGUGGUAGUUCGUCGAAACAGAACAAGAACAAAAAGUCAAAGCCAAAACAGACUGCGGACGAAUUUGACGGCUUCGACGAGGAUGAUGAAGAAGAUGAUGAGGACGUUGGUGACGAUGGUGCUGACCUGGGCGACGAGGCCAUUGACCUGGCUGCGGCGCUGGACAUUGUGUCGUCGGACGAAGAUGACGAGGCAGCCGCGUCCUCCUCCAAGAAGGACAAGACACGGAAAAAAAAGAGACAGCAGGCCGGUGACAGCGAUCUAUCAGCAUCUGACGACACGUCGGACGUAUCGGGCCUGUCUGGUUCUGGCUCGGACGGUGAUGAUGGUAGUGGUAGUGACGAGCUGUCGUCAACAGACUCGUCCGAGUACGACAGCGACGAGGAGGACGAGGAGGACGGUGACGACGAGGAUGCCAGUCUCGGAAAGUCGGACGCCCUUCAGAGCAUCGCCUCUGCCUAUGCCGCGGGCCAAAACGGCGACAGUGACGAAGACAACAGCGACGGCGACGACGCAGCUCGCGCCGCGAACCCCUACCAGUUCAACGCCCAGCUCGGCAGCAAAGACCGCAGCCUGAAAAAGUCCAUCAAGGCUGCCGUCGGUGCAUCUUCAGACAAGACGCUCGAGGUGCCUCUGCUGCCCAUGCAGCAAGACCGCCAGCUGCGCAUCGCCGCCGCCGACAAGGCGCACGAGACGCUCGACCGCUGGACCGAGACCGUCAAGCAGAACCGCCGUGCCGAGCACCUGACCUUUGAAGUGGCCGGCGCGCUCGCUACCUCGGGCCUCGAUACCGCUAAUCUGCUGCCCAUCAACCAAAAGUCCGCCCAAACAGACCUCGAAAAGACGAUCCUGUCCAUCAUGGAGGAGAGCGGCCUCGGCCCGCAAGCACAGGCCGAGGAGCGCGCCCAGCAAAAGCAGAUAGAGCGCCAGAAGGCCGAGGAGGAGGCCAGCAUGCUGUCGCCGGACGCCCUCAAGGCCAUUAUUGGCCAGAAGCGCCGCGCCCGCGAGCUGCAGUCGCGCGAGCAGGCGCGCGCCAAGCGCAUCAAGAAGAUCAAGAGUAAAGCCUACCGCCGCGUGCACCGUCGCGAGCGGCAACGUGCUGAGGAGGCGCUGGACGCUUCGGAUGCAGAGCACGACGAGGGCGACGAAGACCACGAUUCGGAGGCAGAGCGUGAUGCGGCGCACCGCCGGCGGGCGCUGGAGCGCAUGGGCGCUCGGCACCGCGACAGCCGCUGGGCGAAGCGGGCCAAGAACACAAACCGUGCCGCGUGGGACGAUGAAUUCCGCACGGGUCUGGUGGAUAUGGCGCGGCAGGAUGAGGAGCUGCGGCGGCGCGUGGACGGUGCCGGUGUCGGUGGUGGCCGCGUUGGCAAGGCUGGCGAAGCAGACGAAGAGAGCGAUAGCGACAGCUUUGACGAGGAAAGCGACGAGGAGGCAUUCAAACUGCGGACAAAGCAGAAGCUAGCAGCGGCAGGUGGCAUGGACGACGAGGCGGAGCCCAAGGGUCUGAUGGGCAUUGCCUUUAUGAAAAAGGCAGAGCUGGCACGCAAAAAGGCCAACGACGAGGCCGUGGCGGAGAUUAUGCGUGAUCUUGAUCGCGGCGACGACAGCGACGAGAACAUGAUUGGCUUUGAUGUUGACGGUGAAGAUGGUGACAACGAUGCGGCCGACAAGGCUGUCGGUCGUCGCAGCUACGGCCCUGUUGCGGGCCAAACGGGCCGCGUUGCCAACGCCAACACUGGCCCCAACCGCCAGGAGCGCCGGAAACAAGCCACUGCUGAGCGUGAGACUGCCGCCGCCGCUGCCACCGCCGCUGACGUCUCCAACACAUUCCCCGCCCGUACGUCUUCGGCACCGGGUGAUGCAGGCUCGUGGACAGUGGUGGCCAAGACUAGUAGUAACAAAGACAAGAAGUCGAAGAAGACGGGAACUGACGCGGAUGCCACACCCGGUUUGACGGCGGACGGCCGCCUCGUCAUGUCCGCUGUUGUGGAUGACGUACUGGCGCAGAAUACGGUCGCCGAGAACCGUUCCACCACAAAGGAGACUGCUGCGGCGAAGAAGGCCGCUCAAAAAGCUGCUGCUGCUGCCGCCGGCCGUGCGAGCCAAGCCAACGACGGCGUCGACGAGUCCGAGACGUCCUCGUCGGGUUCCGACAGCGACGACGCGGAUGACACCCGCGGCGCAGCCAACCGCAGCAAGUACUUUAAAUUCCGGGCCGAGAACGAGCUGCUGCUGCGCAAGGCGCUGGGCGAGGACGGCGCGGCGGCUGAGUUUGCCGCCGAAAAGGUGCGGCAGGCGGCCGAGGAGGCGGCAGCGUGGGAGGAGGAGCAAGCGCGGGUGGGCGGCAAGAAGAACAAGAACAGCGCGCCCAUGCCCGGAUGGGGCUCGUGGAUCGGUGACGGCGUGAGCAAGCGGGCCGUCAAGCGAGACCAGCGGGCGGUCGCGAACAAGGACGGCAAGGACGGCAGGAAUGGCAAGAACAAGGCCGAGAUGGUCGUGCGCCGGGACGCCAAGAUGGACAAGGUGAUUAUCAGCGAACGGCGGGUGCACAAGAACGAAAAGUACCUGGCAUCGCAGCUGCCGCACGAAUUUGAAACGCGCAGCCAGUACGAGCGGUCGCUGCGUCUGCCGGUGGGCCCCGAGUGGUCGACAACGUUUGCGUUCCAGGACGCGACGAAGCCGCGGGUGCUUCAGAAGCAAGGUGUGGUGCUGCCGAUGGCUAAGCCGCAGCUGUAG